AUGGCCAGCCCAGAGCUUCCCUCCACCGUAGAAGUGGAGGUGUCACUCCCGUCCACUCGGCCCACAGCGCCUGACCCCACACAGCCAAUCAGCAGCCGCACCGGGCUCUGUCCCCGCCUACCCCGGAGGAGCCCGCGGACAGUGCGGUCACAGAUGCAGCCAAUGAAGAGAUUCCUAGGGAUGCAGCGCCCUGAGCUCUGCAAGGCCAGCCCUGCCCCUCCUGUGACCUUCAGUGUGGGCGCUGGUCACCAGCUGUCUCCAGGGGUGUGUGUGUGUGAGCUGGUCAGAGCCUUCUGGAUCCCUGGUGAGCAUCCUGAGGAGGUGGGCGGGAAGGAGCCGCUUCAGCCUUCGGUGCUGAGCAAGAAGGCGGCCAUGCACCUGCUCUUGUCUCGGGACCCGGGGGCGUCGGAUGCAGACCUGGAUCCCAAACUGCAUUCGAAGCCUUCAGAACUUCCAGGCUUCCAGGAUUUAGGCUUCCGGGGAGCAGAGAUGUCGGCCUGCUUGCCACGAGAGAUCCCCAGCAACGGUGGCAUUACCACUAUCAUAGAACCUCACUCCUUGGGUCAACAGAGCAGAGAGAAGAAAGUGGAGAAGACGCCUCUCCACUCAGAAGACAUCCGUCCUGAGAUGAGAGAAGACAUACUCGACCCCAGCUACCAGGAUGAGGAGGGGCCCCCGCCCAAGCUGGAGUACGUCUGGAGAAACAUCAUCCUCAUGGCCCUGCUGCACUUGGGGGCCCUGUAUGGGAUCACACUGGCUCCGUCCUGCAAGGUCUACACCUGGCUCCUGGGGAUAUUCUACAAUAUAGUUGCCGCUUUGGGCAUCACGGCCGGGGCUCAUCGCCUGUGGAGUCACCGAACUUACAAGGCUCGGCUGCCGCUGCGGCUCUUUCUCAUCGUGGCCAACACCAUGGCUUUCCAGAAUGACGUGUACGAAUGGGCCCGAGACCACCGCGUCCACCACAAGUUCACAGAAACACACGCUGACCCUCACGAUUCCCGGCGUGGCUUUUUCUUCUCUCACGUGGGCUGGCUGCUUGUGCGCAAGCACCCGGCUGUCAAAGAGAAGGGCAGAAAACUGGACAUGUCUGACCUAAAAGCCGAGAAGCUGGUCAUGUUCCAGAAGAGGUACUACAAGCCAGCUGUCGUGCUCACCUCCAUCGUCCUUCCCACACUGGUGCCUUGGUACUUCUGGGGUGAAACUUUUCAACACAGCUUAUACAUUGCUACUUUCUUGCGGUAUACCAUCAUUCUCAAUUUCACCUGGCUGGUGAACAGCGCUGCCCACCUCUAUGGAUACAGGCCAUAUGACAGGAACAUUGGCGCCCGAGAGAAUGUCCUGGUUUCAAUGGCAUCUUUUGGCGAGGGCUUCCACAACUACCACCACGCCUUCCCCUAUGACUACUCCGCCAGUGAGUACCGCUGGCACAUCAACUUCACCACGUUCUUCAUCGACUGCAUGGCUGCCCUGGGCCUGGCUUACGACCGGAAGAGACCAUCUAGGGCUGCUGUUUUGGCCAAGAUCAAAAGAACUGGAGAUGGGAGCCAUAAGAGUGGCUGA